AUGCCUCAGUGGAUAGACCGUCUUUUCAACCGAUUCAGGAAGCCCCAGAAAGCAUAUCACCAGCCGAAUCAACCUGACCAUACACUUGUUACUCCAGUAUUGGAAUCAACCAAUCGGUCCAGCAUAAUCAAGGGCCAAUUGGGGGACCAUACUCUCCAGCAGGACCUGUGGCAAUGCGCCUAUUACCAGCUAGAUCAAAAGGUACAGGAUAUUCUGUCAAGAAUAGAAAUUCCUGCUCAGCUCAAGACUAAUAAAAAUAAUUGCCGAACGGAGGCUAUAAUUGACAAGGUUGUCCAGAUAAGAGGGGAGCAAUACGAGAAAUACCAACAAGGAUGCAUAUAG